AUGGAACCACACCUUAAUGAAUUGAAGCAUCACGUGAAAUGCCUCGUUUGGGAACAGUUGUUCAAGAAAAAUGUUGUCUUCAAUCUGAUCGCGUUCAAUUCCGAUUUGGCCGAUUGGCAAUCCACUGGACCGAUCGUCCCAGAUGAAACAGCAUGCCACGAUGCGGUGGCCUGGAUCGAACAACUGGAAGCCUAUGGUGGGACCGCAACCGGGGAGGCCGUGUGUCGAGCAUUGCAUCAUCUAAAUUUGGUCGAUUCCAAGACCGGUGUCUGUCCGGGGGUCAGACAUCCUCCGUGGAUGUCACAAUCAGAGGGUGGUGCAAAGAACGGUGAGGUGAGCAAAGGGAUUUACCUGUUCACCGAUGGCAAACCGGAUGCCAGUUGUAACUCAGUUCUCCAGUCCAUCCGAGACGCAUGGGCCUUGAAUGCACAGAUGGAGCGAGAGAGACGGGAGAAAAACUGUUCCCUGGCAGAGAAGCCACUCGCGUCGGGAGCGCAACGAUCAAAACGGAACAGGAAACGCGCUGUAAACGUGUGUGACGGGCCACUGAUUCACACAAUAUCAUUCACACAGGAUGAGUACGUUUUCUUCCGAGCGGGAACUGCAAUCAAUUUCUUGCGCAAGUUGGCUCGAAUGACCGGUGGUCGAUAUCAUCCCGUGCUGACCGAGGCCAUGUGUAACCACGUUCAACAACGUGCCCGGCGGAUUGACUACUCGCUGCCGAGUCCGACGGACGAAUCCGCGGAUCAGAAGCUUACACCAUCACACGACACAGAUGCCUCGGAUUUGUUGUCGAGUACCGGAGGGGAUGAUCUGGACGGACUAAUCAAGGAGAUCAAUCGCACGGUGGAAGCAAUCGGGAAAAUUCACUAUUUUCAACACGUAUACAAGGAAACCAAAGCGUGUCAUCGUGCACAACAAACAGAAAGUGAAAAACGCAGUUGA